CGCGGCGGGCGCUGCCAGUCCCUCCUGCUCCGGAGCGAGCCGCGCGCCCCCCGCGGGUCAUGUGUCAGUGAGUGCAGUGCAGAGUGCAGUGCAGUGUGCAGCUUAGCCUCUCCCGGCGCAGACAAGAUGUCCGUCAUCUCGGUGGUGCUGGGCGGGUUCGGCGCGUCCGCGACGCGCCCGGAGAUGCUCACGUCGGCGCUGCUUGUGGGCGCGCUCGGCGCGGCCGUGCUCUACUACAUGCUGUACUCGUGGAAGCGGCGCCGCAUGUACUCUCUGGCGGCCAAGAUCCCGGGGCCCACCGGGCUGCCCGUCAUCGGGAACGUGUUCGACGUCGUCGGCGACACGGAGGAGACGGUCCGCAAGACCAUGGCGCAGUUCCAGCAGUUCCGACCCACCUACAAGUACUGGCUGGGGCCGCUGCUGCUCGUGGCGCUCACCGACCCGCGCGACCUCGAGAUCGUGCUCAACAACUACAAGUACACCGACAAGUCGCACUUCUACAACGUGUUCCACCCUCUCGGCGGCCAGGGCGUGUUCAACGCCGCGGGUGACCAGUGGCGGCGCAACCGCAAGAUCAUCUCCCCCGCCUUCAACUUCAACUUCUUGGUGCAGUUCGUGGCCGUCUUCCACGAGAUGGCCAUGCGGCUUGUGGGCAAGAUGAAGGCGCGCGCCGACGGCCAGAGCUUCGACUCGUACAAGCUGGUCGAGCUGUGCACGCUGGACGCUAUCGCUGUCACCGCCAUGGGUGUGGACGUCAACGCCCAGGACGACGACAACAGCGAGUGGAUCCGUGCCAUUCGGCGCUGCUUCCAGAUCACGCGAGAGCGCCUCGUCAAGCCGUGGCUGCUCCCGGACGCCACCUUCUACCUCACCAAGGAUUCCAGGGACCAGCAGGUCUGCUUGGACAUUGUUAACAAGUUUGCGCACGAGGUCAUCAGUCGCAAAAAGGCCGAGUACCGCAAAGCCAAGGCGGAGCUCGACGCCGACCCUGUCGCUUCCAAGGCCGCCGCCAAGGCUCGCGAGCAGUCCCGCCUUCAGCAGGACGACGACGAGGUCGUCGGAGUGCGCAAGAAGCAGACCUUCCUCGAACUGCUCAUAGAGAGGUCCGAGAGCGAGGACGGCUGCGCGCUCACCGACAACGAGCUGCGCGACGAGGUCGUCACCCUGCUCAUCGCCGGCCAGGACACGACCGCCACCGACAACUGCUUCAACCUCCUCAUGCUCGCCCUGCACCAGGACGUCCAGGAGGCCGUGCACCAAGAGCUGCUCGACAUCAUGGGCGACGACCCGAGCACCUGCCCGACGUACAACGACCUCAACCAGAUGAAGCACCUGGAGCGCGUCAUCAAGGAGACGCUGCGCCUGUACCCGUCCGCGCCGUUCAUCGGCCGCGACCUGGACCACGAGCUGGACGUGACGGACUACCGCCUGCCCGCCGGCUGCACCGUGCUGCUGGGGCUGUACGGCACGCACCGCCUGCCCGACCACUGGCCGGAGCCCGACAAGUUCGACCCGGACCGCUUCCUCCCCGAGCGGAGCGUGGGCCGCCACCCGUACGCCUUCGUGCCCUUCAGCGGGGGGCCGCGCAACUGCGUGGGCCAGAAGUACGCCAUGCUGCAGAUGAAGACCAUCCUGUCCACGGUGAUCCGCCACUUCCAGAUCCUCCCCGGCCAGGACUGCGAGAGCAUGGAGAAGUUCCGGCUGCAGGUGGACUUUUCCAUGACGGUGGCCGGCGGCCACAACAUCCGGCUGGUGCCCCGGUACCAGGGCAUGCCCGAACGCAUGCGUUCGCUCUGAUGGCCCGCAGCCCCAUCGAGAGCGUGCUGGCGCUGACCAGCACUCUAAAGACUGGAGGCCCACCCCCGCCGGGCCCGAGGCGCCCCACAACCUCGUGAUAAGGCACGGACGAACGACUUCCUUGAGCCAAUUAUUUUUAUGUGCUGGUGUUUUCUGUUCGAAGGGUGCGGGACUAUCGACCUUGUCCGUAGUCGUAUCCCCCCCCCCUUCCCCCUCUGCGCGGAUUACUCGACUCUCGCGAACGGGUACUACUAGCUGCGCGCUCGGCUCGCACGUCUGAUAGUCAAGAGCAGCUGAGAAUUAAGAUCCUGGAAAGAAAAA